UAGCUGUCGUGUCACAGAUAGGCUCGUCAGUCUGAUGUGGGAUUUCCUGGUAAGGCAGAGCUCCAGACAAGAACCACAAAACGCAAUUUGUCAGACUUCUCUCCGUUAACUCAAAACGCAACCCAGCCGUCGAGUUUCAGCGUUAUUUCGGCCGUGUUAUUCCGCAGAGAGGGGCUUUAUUAACGCUAACGUCACUCCCCAUCAGAGUUAGUGUGGAAGCUAACGCUAACGUCAGGGCUCCGUGCUGCUCUAGCCAUGUCCGCCUCGGCUGGAUGCUCUCCGGUGGGGCAGAGCUCGGGCCUCGGCCCCGGUAUGUCCAUGUUCCGCUGGUUAGAGGUGCUGGAGAAGGAGUUUGACAAAGCCUUCGUGGACGUGGACCUGCUGCUGGGAGAAAUCGACCCGGAUCAGGUGGAUAUUACCUACGAGGGUCGGCAGAAGAUGACCAGCCUGAGCUCCUGUUUUGCUCAGUUGUGCCACAAAACUCAGACAGUUUUCCAGCUGAACCACAAACUGGAGGCUCAGCUGGUGGACCUGCGCUCCGAGCUGACUGAAGCGAAGGCCGAGCGUAAAGUGGUGGAGAGGGAGGUCCACGACCAGCUCCUGCAGCUUCAUGCUCUCCAGCUGCAGCUUCACGCCAAGCAAGGCCAGACAGAGGACUCCGACUCCAUCAAAGACAGACUGCCUGCGCCAACACUGGACGACAUGGAACAGGAGCUUGAAGUCAGCAAAAAGGAGAAACUGGCAGAGGCCCGUCUGGAGGCCGAAGUGAGACUACUGAAGAAAGAAAACGAGGCUCUGCGCAGACACAUGGCCGUCCUGCAGGCUGAGGUGUACGGAGCCAGACUGGCUGCCAAAUACUUGGAUAAGGAGCUGGCCGGCAGGGUGCAGCAGAUCCAGUUGCUGGGCCGUGACAUGAAAGGGCCGGCACACGACAAGCUGUGGAACCAGCUGGAGGCGGAGAUCCACCUCCACCGGCACAAGACCGUGAUCCGAGCAUGCAGGGGUCGCAACGAUCCCAAGAAACCCCUCCCCUCUCCUGUGGGACACGACCCAGACAUGUUGAAGAAGACUCAGGGAGUCGGCCCCAUCAGAAAGGUGGUGCUGGUCAAAGAUGAUCACGAGGGGCUCGGAAUCUCCAUCACAGGUGGGAAGGAGCACGGUGUUCCCAUUCUCAUUUCAGAGAUCCAUCCCAGCCAGCCUGCAGACCGAUGUGGAGGGCUGCAUGUCGGAGACGCCAUCCUCGCUGUCAACAGCAUCAACCUCCGCGAUGCCAAACACAAAGAGGCCGUCACCAUUCUGUCCCAGCAGCGGGGACAGAUAGAGUUCGAGGUGGUGUACGUGGCCCCAGAGGUGGACAGCGAUGAUGAGAAUGUAGAGUAUGAAGACGACAGCGGUCAUCGCUACCGACUCUACCUGGAUGAACUGGAGGACAGCAGCACGGCGCCACCCAGCAACAGCUCAGCGUCACUGCAGGCUCUGGAAAAGAUGACACUUAGCAACGGAGCCGAGAACGGAGACACUGGGAUCUCCAGUGAAACACCUUCAGAGGAAACCCCUUCAAAACCUCCCGAGACUGACUGCUCCUCCUAAAGGCUCUGCUGAGAAAUCGGUCUUUUGGAGACAUCACAAGAGGAUUGACGAGAAAAUCCCACUCAAAGGACUGAACAAAGAAUUCUGUGACGAGCCUAGGGACAAGGUAAAAUGAACAGAGACGGUCUAUUUUCCCUUUUUCCUCUCGAUGUUGCGAUGUUGUGGGGUGGUGGGGGGGGGGGGGUCUAGCCUGGGCUUGUGGCAAUUAUUUGGGGUAAAAUGUUUGAAGAAGCAGAAAUGUGUAAAAUAUGUAGAGCAGGAGUGAUCCUUAACAAUGUCUGAUUUUUUUUCUAGGUAUUUUAUUAAGAUAUUAAUCUCGGAACCCACUGGCGAGCUCUCUGACAAUGAUAAGCUUUUUGGGGCAAUGCCCAAUAUUUUUGGGGGUUCCAGAAUAGCGAGAUUUUUUUCUUCCGUUAGCCUGUCUUUUCGGCUAAAUCAUAUAAACAGAUAUAUGGGUAUGAAUGCAGAUUUUUUUUCUUUUUAAUUAAUACAUAGCUAAAUUGUCGUGAGACAAUAGCCAGUGGAUUCCGAGAUUGCAUUAGUUCUCCACACGGACCUGCCAUUCAUAUGUGAUUGGUCGAUACAACUCAGACUACAAACAUAAACCAGAACGCCAAAACCUUGCGCCGUUGCUUACAGACUCUGCAGGCAUAUGCAGAUAUCUGUUGAUAGAGAUUAAGAUACUUAUGGAAAUUGCAAUUGCUGUAUGUGAGAAAUCUGCAAAAGGAAGUAGAUGUCAUGGAGGCAUAGUGACAUCAUAAAGAAGAGGUUGAAAAUGUCUUUCAGGUUUCGCUUUUAAAGAAAUGCUUGUAGAGUAUUUUGCUUCUUAUGUAGAGGUCGACAGAUAUUGGUUUUUCAGGGCCGAUACCGAUUAUUAGUACUUAAUGAGACCGGUAAUUGAUAUUUGGAACCGAUAU